AUGAGAACUACAAAACAGAGAGUGGCAUUGAUACUGUACAUUCUGUGUUUUAUCCCUUGCGGUGUUUUUUCCUGUCAACAUCCACCAGGUAAUGGGCAAAAAACGCCUACAUCUCUCGCGAGGGAGAUGAUUUGUUUUACUUUCUAAUAAUUCAAACCACAUUUAGACCAAUUAUUCUGCCCUCACUAUGGACUGAAAAAAGUCACAAAGAACGUGUACUGGCUCAUUGCUUCUCUCCUUGAAAUACCAAGAAAAGUGACGGAGGUCCGUGAAUUCCCAUGCGUCCGGGGUUUUGAGGAGGUGCACUUCAGAACUGACAGCGCAUGCAUUACUACAGGUGUUAUCGAGUCAACUAAUUCUUAUACGUUGACCUGCGUUUUGCAUAUUUCCUAUGCAGUUAUGAACGUUACGUGUGAGGUAAUUCAGAAUACUCAUUUUUUAAACUCCCGUUAAGAUUCCUAAUGAAGGGCUGAGGAAAACGUCUAUCGAGAUUUAUACUCCUUUCAUCGAGACUGAUGUGUCUUACCGGGAAGUGUCGGGAGGUUCGGAUAUACGUCUGUCAGAUUCAAUGAGGAUUUUAAUUGAGGGACCUAUUAUUUUCCAGCCGGAAUCCUUGUCCUGGUUACCAAUUGAAAUAAAAACAAAUAUAAUCGAUUAUAUCGGAAACAGCUUAACGUGGACCGGGCUGGCCGAAUGUGGAAAAUUACGCAAGGCCUUACAAUGA